AUUGGAAACAGCAACAAAAGUUUUGACGGAGGUGUCCAUUUGUUUUCAUUGCUCGUUCCUAGGUCCCUGGUCCAUUUUGCAAAACACAUCGCACUCUACCCUGGCCAAAAUUGCGAAAUUUUUGACCGAUUCGUCACUGGAAACCAAUAUUUGGCUAGUGUUUGUUUUGCAGCGGAGGCAUUCAGUACAUACAUAGACGUGUCCAGGGUAGUGCGGGGAACACACAUCCAGCUUCUUCCUUGGGGCGGUGGAAAUGACUAGUUUCGCAGAGCAGGAAGGUUUGAUCAAAGAAUCACUUUUCACGUUCCUCAGAAGCUUUAUUCCUAGUGCUCAACUCAGCUCUAUCGACGAAAUCGUUCUGAGCUACGUUGUCAGCAUCUUGGAAGAAGUUGCCGAAGACUUUGAAGAUGGAUCUGCCACGGAGGACACGUUUGACGUGGACGCCUUCUGUGAGAUGAUGACAGCUCACUUUCCUGAAUUCUCAAGGAUUGAGCCUGGCGCAGUGUGCACCUGGAUAUUUGAUCUGGCCAACAACCUGAACCGCAUCAAAAGAUCCAAUUCCUCAAGGGCCCACAAUUUAGAUGUUCCCAUACUGCCUCUCAUAAGCUCAAGCACAAGUGAUAGCAGGGGCAGCUCUCAGUCCUCAGAUGUUGGUUGUGAUAAGGAACCGCAACAUGUCAAGAGGGUCCACCACUCCUCAGAAACCAGCGAAGGGUCCUCAGACAGCGGAGACUACCUCCCGACCCAAGAGGAGCAAGCAUAUAUUGAUGCUCAACUUCAGCUAUUGAUGGAAAUGUUCCCGACGGUCUGCAACCUGGAGGUUCGCCACUGUUUAGCGAUUGCAGGCGGAGAGGUGGAGCAAGCAGCACAACUUGUCUUGCACAGGCAAGAAGCUGGGGAAAGUCUGACGGCAUCUUCAGUACAGACUGCAACCGGGAAGAACAAGCCAAAAGUGGAUGACCAAGAACUUAAGGAAAGAAUUAUUGCGAGGUAUUCAUACAUCGACCAGGCCGAAGCGAGCAGGGAACACAGACCAGUUGCCCCCAAACAAGAACCAAAGAAGAUGAUUCGGUAUCGGGACAACAAGAUCGUGAGUCUUAAAGGGGAGCGGUUCACAGAGGUGAAAAAAGACGACGAUGAGCAGCAGGUCAGUAAAAAGACAUUUGUCAACCUGAAGCCGGCCAAGCAGUACCGGUUUCAUUGAUGGGAGGGCUCGGGCCCUUGAAAUAUAUCGCGCGAACCGAUUCCGGCGGGAAUAUCAUUGUGUGUGCAAAAAGAUCUUUUCCGAGGCGAGCAAGGCGUGGAAGGGCAAACAAAAAGAUCUUGGCUUGGAAAUGAAGACCUCUGUAUUGUAAAUAUUCGUUAAAAGCUUAGAGCUUUCAGUGAUGAAUCAAUUGAUGUAGUUGUCACAGAUUAGAAGAGUGUACACUAACAGUCUAAUUGGUACCGUAACUAACUAGUUCAUUCAGACAAUUAGCGAUUCGCCAGUUCUGGACCUGACCAUGUACUUUUGCACCUCAGCAUUUUUUUGUUAUUCAAGUGAAUCUUAUUUUAAGACUGAGGCACUUCAAGUAAGUUAGAAAAAAUGAUUGUGUUAAGCUUUUUCGUCGGCACUCUAUACAAAUAUGCAGCGAAUGCCAAACUGAGAUUUCAGUUACACUUGCAUUUAAAUUCUUUACAUUAAAGUGUGUGCUUGUGUCGUAGUUUAAGUGAUCUAUCUAAGCCGAGGCAGUUGUGAAAAUCUCAUUAAUGUAGCGAAAAGGAACUGAUGGAGAAUCUCUGUUCAUUAUUUGUAGAUUCCUUCCCCAAGGUGGAAUCUCAAAUUUCGUGUAAAAAUAUUUUCAUUAAUGAUUUGAAAAAAUGGUUAAGUUGAGGAACGAACUCUCCAUCUCGAACGCUGUUCCUGGGUUCAUCGAGAACUGUUUCGUGCGUGCAGACGUUUUUACCAAUUCAAUUCCACCGUUAUUCAACGUUAAUUAUAGAUGUGAUGGUCUCUUGUGUGUGUUAAGAUUGGCAUUUAACUAUGUAAGGUAAGGAAAUAGACUCUGCUGAUCACAAGCCACCAAGGUUCACUUGUGUAUACCACACAACUUUUGAUGUAGUAACUGUUCGACUUUAAUUUUUAAUUAAGAAGGGAAAGCAUUUUCUUCUUUCUUAACUGAAAAGUCAAUCAAUACAAACUUUUCUCAAAAUAGGGUAUUUUAACUGAAAAAUCGUUCUUUGCUUCAGAAGCAAGCGGAAAGAAAUCUUAAAAUAUUUGUUUUGUCCCAAUUCGUUCUGUUAACUAGGGAAAAUCAGAGAUAGAGCCUUUUCUCUUUAAAUUUUUAUUUACACUCUGAUUUUCAUCAUUCCUUUGAUUAUAUUAUGGGACGGAAGCUGAUAUUUCUUUUCUAAAAAGUCAUUUUUGCCAAUCAGAGAAUUAGUACAUUUAUUAAUAUGUCCUGGAAAGGAGUACCUUGCUUCUUUAGUAGAGGCGACUUUUAGUAGUAUUGUACCGAGUCAGUCAUUAAUCAAACUCACAUGGAUUCUCUUGUUUCACAUACUAAUCUCUACAAGAAAAUCAAUCUCUGUAUUUCUUCAACAAUUUAUCUCCAAACGAACAUGUGAUAAUCCCUUUGUAGCUAAGGCAACAACAAUAAUUAAAAUACUCUAAAAAUAAAGAAAAUUAUCACGCA